AUGCCUGAAUUCGAUUUGGUAAGGUUUUCUUCAGGCAUGAAAGAUGUCGACAGGGAUUUAAGAGAAAUGGCAUUAUUUGAUUUACAACAAGUAUUGAAAACUUCCGGUUUUCAAUUUAGCGAAACUGAUACUGGUAUUAUUAUGGACUUGGUUUUACGGUGUUUUUCAAAGGAUGAACCUGAUAAAGAAGUAAGAAAUGCUGCAGUCCAGGUUAUUCCGCAACUUCUUCUUUUAUGUAGUGAAAGACAACAGAUUAAAUUAUGCUCAUUUCUUUGUACUUCUGCGACUUCCCAAACUGCAGGUUUCGGUGAACGAGGGUAUUCAGAUAUUUUAGAUAGUUCCGCAUUUGCCCUUAAGUUAUGUUGUGAAUUAAUGGAAGAAAAAUCUCGGGUAAGUGUUGAGAUUUGGCAACGUCUAGGAUCAAUUGCGCAGUAUAUUAAUAGUCUGCUUAUUUCUAAAUUGCAGGAAAAUACAGAAGAUGUUGUUAAAGAAAGUAUUUAUGAUUCUAUUAAUACUCUUAUUAAGCCAUUUGGACGUUUUUAUUCAUGUGAGGUUCGUGAUAUUAUGUCAAAAUGUGCAUUGUCCGAUUUUUCUAACGUCAAACGUGUUCGUCGUCAGGCAAUUACUUGUUUAGGAUUAUUAUCACCCUUGUUGAGCGAAGAAGCGUUUAAUAACGUCCGUCUUGUUGUAUUUGGUGGAUUAAAAAAAAAUACUUCUAAUACAGGAUUACUUCCUUUUUUGCAAUUGUAUGAUUUUUUGGUGAGAAAUUCACCCGUUCGUGUAGCAAUGGAUGCAAUAACUACAAUGAAUAUUCUCCUAAAAGAAAUUGAAAUUCGAACGGUAGAUUAUGACUCUGAUAGUGAUGAUGUAUGUGAUUCUAUUAUGAAACUUAUAAAUAGUAUGGUGGUUCAAUAUCCUAAUGAACUAUUAGUGUUACACAGUACGUUAUUUGACCGAUGUCUUUCUUUAAUAAACUUUGAUCCUAAUUAUUGUAGUGACAAUAAAGAUAAUAGUUGUAAUAAUAAUGAUGGUGAUGGGGAGGAGGAGGAAGAUGAGAAUGAGGAUUAUUACAUUGAAUUUGAAGAAGUAGAUGUGUCAUGGAGAAUUCGAGUAUGGUCUUUAAAAAUUAUUUCAUCUUUAAUACAAUUCUCUUCUAUAUCAAGUGAAUUAAUUCAGAAAUUAAAGCCAUCUCAUUUUUUCAAUCUAAACGAUCGUAUAGAGGAUGUUCAAAUAACAUUUAUACAAAUUAUAAAUACCAUUGCUCAAUAUUUAGAACCAUUAAAAGGAUCAUUAGUGCUUUUUGAAAUUUUGGAUCGAUUAUUGAUUUGUACUCAUAGUUCUAAUCAGAAGGUUGCCCUUAUGGCGAUAAGAUCACUUCAAAUACUUUUUUCUCUUUAUGGAGAUAUAUUAAUCAAUAACCCUGAUAAAUUAUUUCGUCACUUAAAAGAUCUUAUGCUUCAGUGUACAAAUGAUAGAAUCUUAAUGCGAUUUGAAGUGGUAAUUCUGUCACAUUAUGUGACUGAGUUCGCUUCAAAAAAAUCCGCAAAUAUUCCUCUUAUAAUAGAUCUUUUACAGACUAUAUUGAACGUAAUUUGUACAUCAGAAUUUGAGAAAUUUAAUGAUCAAAUAGUUCAAACUGCAAAGGCAUUGACUUAUAUUGCUCAAAUUGCUGGAAAUCCUUAUCCUGAACGUUGUAUAACAUUAUUAUUUUCCUUGUUAGAUACAAAACCGUUAGACGUGGAAAUUUCUCGCCAUGCCAUAGAAGCUAUUGGUUUCUGUUUUCCUAAAGUUUAUUUGUUACUAUCAGAUAAGUAUGUACAGAAUUGUUUGGAACGUCUAAUUUAUUUAGCAGAAUCAAACAUAAAUGUGGCACAAGUUUUGAAUUUAGUAGUGGAACAAUCUGUUGGGGUUAAGAUUUCAUCAGAUCUUUUGGAACAUUUGUGUGGAUACCUAGUUAAACAUGGUUUUUCACACCAACGACUAAUAGUUUGUGUUAUACGUGAUUUUAUCAAAAAUGGAUCAAAUAUUACAGAUGAAUCCUUAAACCUUGUAAUAAGGUUUUUGGAAUUCUAUGUUGUAUCCAGUAAAGAUUCUUUACUAGUACAUUCUACCUUUGAGUUAUUGAAUGAAAUAUGUAAAUAUCGUGUUGAAGUAUCAAACAGAAUUUUUGUUGAGGUAUUUCCAUCACUUUGGAGAAUAUUACAAACGGGAUACAUUUAUUGUGGAUCAUUGUAUGCUCGUAUUGUGGGAACUGUUUCAUUAAUAUUGCAUAGUCUUUAUAUACAAUUACCUCAACAACGCUGUACAUUAGUGCAAUUAAUUUUGGAUCAUAUUUCUUCUUCUGUAGUUCCUGAAAUUACUUGUGAUCUCUUAAAUGAAAUCGCAGUUGAGGAUGAAACCUUGUUAGAAAAGGUUUCAAAUUUUUUUUGGGAUAAAGAACCACUUGCAUUAUUGUGUGCAGGUACAAUAGGGCGUUAUCAAUUAUUACCAGAUAUUUGGAAAACUAAUCUCAUCAAUAUUCUUGCUAGUGGAGGAUCAGAAAAGUUGCAUCGCAUUGGCUUGUUAGCAAAUGGACGAGCUGCAUCCAACCCUUUAAAUGUUUCCUUAUUAUUGACACUAGUUGAACGUGCAGUAACAGAGAAAAAUGAUCGUUAUUUAUACUGGAAAGCAAUAAAAGAAGCAACAAUAAAUGCGGCAUCAAAUUUCUCAUUAUCCUUACCGUCGUCGUCACCAUUAUUAUUAUCAUCAUCAUUAUCUUCUUCUUCUUCCUUGAGGAAUCCUAAUUUCUGUAAAGAUAUCGAAAAACGACUCUUGGAAAAUGCAUUAGAAGAAGACCCGGAAUCUACAGCUUUGGUAUUGGGAAGUUUUGCACCAUUUAAUUGUGAUGAACUUUUUGAAAUGACCUCAAGUUAUUUGGAUAAUGAUUCUGAUUUAAUAAAAGCGGUAUGCAUAUCUACGCAACGAUAUCUUAUUUUACAUUACAAAGGUGAAAGCUGUACAGAUCAGAUAUUUAGUAUUAUUACUAAAUCUUUACAAUGUUUAAAUCGUACUAUGGGUGUGCAAGUUCGUCUUGCAGCUUUACAUCUUUUCGCUACAAUAAUAUCAUCAAAACCUUCUUUUUUGUUAACACCAAUAAUACGUGAUAUGGUGUAUCCGAACCUCCUUGCAGAACUAAUUGAGGAUCCUAGUCUCAUUUUAUCGAUAAAUUUAGGGGGUUUUACUCAUAGAGAAGACAAGGGAAUUGAAAUACGAAAAUUGGCUUUUCAAUGUUUAUCAAUUUUACUUCGAGAUACUAAACGUCAACGGAUAGGAGAUAUAUUGGAAUAUUAUGGGCAAUCUGAGAAACUUCUUCAGUCUCUUGUUCAUGGUAGUGGUCCUCAGGAGAAGGGUGAGGUGGAUGGGAGCUUAAAUAAUCAAGCCAAAACUCUUUUAGUACAGCUUGUUAAAUUAUGUCCUAAAUUACCUUGGAGUGAUUCAUUAAUAGUAUUGCUGUAUGAAAAACUAAAAAGUGCACUGGAGGUAAAAAUUGAGAGUACUGCCUCUGAUGUUGAGAAAAAAAGAAUGGAUAUGAAAUAUACAUUGAACUGUGUAAUGCAUCUUACCGAAUAUUUACCUUUUGUUUAUAACUCUAAGUUUCAUUCCCUUUUUUUAUUGGCAUUACACUCUCCAUUGUUGGCAGAGUCAAUGAAACUAGUGAUAUAA